GACAAGUUGAGGGAGGCUGAGAGCAAGAGAGGGAGCGCGAGGAGCAGGAGGAGCCGCCGCAGCCGCCGCGGGGGGAGCCAGGGACCACAGCCCGCGGGCGCAGGGCUUGCUCCUCCGAGUCCGAGCUGGGGAGACUCGCCCUCCGCUAGUGGGACACGGACAGUCCGGGGCGGACCGGCCGGCCGAGGCGAGGCUGCAGCCGGAGGGCUGGGAGGGACCGCGCUUACAGGGUCCCGAGUUGUCGGGCGGAGGCGAGGGAGCAGGUUAGAGGGACAAAGAACUUCGCCGACGCCCCCAACAUCCUGCGGGGAGAGCAGCCCGGACUAGGUGGCUGGGACCCGGGCAGAGCCCGUGGAUGUUCUGCGCGCGGCCUGGGAGCCGCCGCCGCCAGAGGAGGAAUGCACCGGCCGCGCCGCCGCGGGACGCGCCCGCCGCUCCUGGCACUGCUGGCCGCGCUGCUGCUGGCGGCGCGCGGGGCCGCUGCCCAAGAAACAGAGUUGUCCGUCACUGCUGAGUUAGUGCCUACCUCAUCGUGGAACAUUUCGAGCGAGCUGGACAGAGAUUCUUACCUGACCCUCGAUGAACCCAUGAAUAACAUCACCACGUCCCUGGGGCAGACGGCUGAACUGCACUGCAAAGUCUCUGGGAAUCCACCUCCCACCAUCCGCUGGUUCAAAAAUGAUGCCCCUGUGGUCCAAGAGCCCCGGAGGAUCUCCUUUCGGCCAACCAACUAUGGCUCUCGGCUGCGGAUUAGAAACCUGGACACCACAGACACAGGCUACUUCCAGUGUGUGGCGACCAAUGGCAAGAAGGUGGUUUCUACCACGGGAGUCUUGUUUGUCAAGUUCGGCCCCCCUCCCACCGCAAGUCCAGGAUCCUCAGAUGAAUAUGAAGAAGAUGGAUUCUGUCAGCCAUACAGAGGCAUUGCAUGUGCAAGAUUUAUUGGCAACCGCACUGUCUAUAUGGAGUCUUUGCACAUGCAAGGAGAAAUAGAAAAUCAGAUCACAGCUGCCUUCACCAUGAUUGGCACCUCCAGUCACUUGUCGGAUAAGUGUUCUCAGUUUGCCAUCCCAUCCCUGUGCCACUAUGCCUUCCCUUACUGUGACGAAACCUCGUCCGUCCCAAAACCCCGCGACCUGUGUCGCGAUGAAUGUGAAAUCCUGGAAAAUGUCCUGUGUCAAACGGAGUACAUUUUUGCAAGAUCAAAUCCCAUGAUCCUGAUGAGGCUGAAGCUGCCAAACUGUGAAGAUCUCCCCCAGCCAGAGAGCCCAGAAGCUGCAAACUGUAUCCGGAUCGGAAUUCCCAUGGCGGAUCCUAUCAAUAAAAAUCACAAGUGCUAUAACAGCACAGGUGUGGACUACCGGGGCACUGUCAGUGUCACCAAAUCGGGGCGCCAGUGCCAGCCGUGGAAUUCCCAGUACCCCCACACGCACACCUUCACCGCCCUCCGCUUCCCGGAGCUGAACGGAGGACACUCCUACUGCCGCAACCCAGGGAACCAGAAGGAAGCUCCCUGGUGCUUCACCUUGGAUGAAAACUUUAAAUCCGACCUGUGCGACAUCCCAGCCUGUGAUUCGAAGGAUUCCAAGGACAAGAAUAAAAUGGAAAUCCUGUACAUACUGGUGCCGAGUGUUGCUAUUCCUCUGGCCAUCGCUUUACUCUUCUUCUUCAUCUGUGUCUGCCGCAAUAAUCAGAAGUCGUCCUCGCCGCCGGUCCAGAGGCAGCCGAAGCACGUCAGAGGCCAGAACGUCGAGAUGUCGAUGCUGAACGCAUAUAAGCCCAAGAGCAAGGCUAAGGAGCUGCCGCUUUCUGCUGUACGUUUCAUGGAAGAAUUGGGUGAAUGUGCCUUUGGAAAGAUCUAUAAAGGUCAUCUCUAUCUCCCAGGCAUGGACCAUGCCCAGCUGGUUGCUAUAAAGACCUUAAAAGAGUACAAUAACCCCCAGCAAUGGACAGAAUUUCAACAGGAAGCCUCCCUGAUGGCCGAACUCCAUCACCCCAACAUCGUCUGCCUUCUAGGUGCUGUCACUCAGGAACAACCUGUGUGUAUGCUUUUUGAGUAUAUGAAUCAGGGGGAUCUCCACGAGUUCCUCAUCAUGCGGUCCCCACAUUCUGAUGUUGGCUGUAGCAGUGAUGAAGACGGGACCGUCAAGUCCAGCCUGGAUCAUGGAGAUUUCCUGCACAUUGCAAUUCAGAUCGCAGCUGGCAUGGAAUACCUGUCCAGUCAUUUCUUUGUCCACAAGGACCUUGCAGCUCGCAAUAUUUUAAUCGGAGAGCAACUUCAUGUAAAGAUUUCAGACCUUGGGCUUUCCAGAGAAAUAUACUCCGCCGAUUACUACAGGGUGCAGAGUAAGUCUUUGCUGCCCAUUCGCUGGAUGCCCCCAGAAGCCAUCAUGUAUGGCAAAUUCUCUUCCGAUUCAGAUAUCUGGUCUUUUGGGGUUGUCUUGUGGGAGAUUUUCAGCUUUGGGCUCCAGCCAUAUUACGGAUUUAGUAACCAGGAAGUGAUUGAAAUGGUGAGAAAACGACAGCUGUUGCCAUGCUCCGAAGACUGCCCACCCAGGAUGUACAACCUCAUGACAGAGUGCUGGAAUGAGAUUCCCUCCAGGAGACCAAGAUUUAAAGAUAUUCACGUCCGACUUCGGUCCUGGGAGGGACUCUCAAGUCACACCAGCUCCACUACUCCUUCGGGAGGAAAUGCCACCACGCAGACCACCUCCCUUAGUGCCAGCCCCGUGAGUAAUCUCAGUAACCCUAGAUAUCCCAAUUAUAUGUUCCCGAGCCAGGGUAUUACACCACAGGGCCAGAUCGCGGGGUUCAUUGGCCCACCGAUACCUCAGAACCAGAGAUUCAUCCCCAUCAAUGGAUACCCAAUACCUCCUGGAUAUGCAGCAUUUCCAGCUGCCCACUAUCAGCCAACAGGUCCUCCCAGAGUGAUUCAGCACUGCCCACCUCCCAAGAGCCGGUCCCCGAGCAGUGCCAGUGGGUCGACUAGCACUGGCCACGUGACCAGCUUGCCCUCGUCGGGAUCCAAUCAGGAAGCAAAUAUUCCUUUACUACCACACAUGUCAAUUCCAAAUCAUCCCGGUGGAAUGGGUAUCACCGUUUUUGGCAACAAAUCUCAAAAACCUUACAAAAUAGACUCAAAGCAACCAUCUUUGCUAGGAGACUCCAAUAUUCACGGACACACCGAAUCUAUGAUUUCUGCAGAAUUAUAAAAUGCACAACUUGUUGUAAAUGUGGUACACAGGAAAAACUAGAAAGCCGUAGAAAAGAUUUAUAUUCAGAUAUUUUUAUUAAAGUAAGGUUCUCAUGUAGCAGAUAUUGCAACAAGUAUCUUCUGUGAAGUUUGAUUGUGUCUUACCAAGCAGGGCAGACACCAGCCAG